CAUUCCGUCAAAUAUGGGCAAAUGCAACAACCUUAAAAAUUUGUGGUUGUCCCAUAAUCAAUUUAUGGGGAUCAUUCCAAGAAGUAUUGGAAAUCUAACACGACUCCAGGAAUUACGUUUGGGGUUUAAUAAUUUAGAAGGUCAAAUUCCGAAGGAAUUCGGUAACCUUCUUGGUUUGGAGCUGCUUAGUAUUAAAGCAAUUAAAGGCCUUACAGGUCAGAUUCCAACUUCGAUCUUCAACAUUUCUUCUCUGAAGACCAUUGAUCUCUCCAACAAUAGCCUCUCUGGUAAUUUGCCUAAUGAUAUGUGUCAAUAUCUUCCCAAGCUUGAAAGGCUUUACCUGGGUUGGAAUGAAUUAUCUGGUCAGAUUCCAUCAAGUAUUUUUAAUUUAACUACGCUCGAAGAAAUAGUACUAUUUAACAACAGUUUAGAAGGUAAUUUACCACCCAUCUCCAAAGCUCCAAAGCUUGAGAUUCUUUUAUUGUGGGGAAAUAAACUCAGCGGAAACAUUCUCAACUCUAUCUCCAAUGCUUCCAUGCUUAAGAUUCUAUCCUUGUCACAAAACUUAUUCUCUGGCCCAAUCCCUAAAAUGCUUGGCAGCUUAAAACACCUUGAAGUGCUCCAUAUCCCUGACAAUAAUUUGAUCACAGGAUCUGCUGCUGAUCAUGAGUGGAGCUUUCUUUCUUCUUUGACGAAUUGUAAGAAUUUGAAAACCAUAUAAGUUUCAGGAAAUCCAUUGAGUGGCGUUCUUCCUACUUAUAUCGGGAACCUUUCAAAAUCCCUUCAAUACUUUCAUGCCAAAAAGUGUGAGCUUACAGGCUUUAUUCCUAUGGAAAUAGAAGAUGCCAAAGGAGGAGUACAGCUUUACCAAUUAAAGAUGAUUUGUUGUCUUUGAAGACACCAAGAAGAAUUUCACAUGCUGAACUUUCACGAGCAACUAAUGGAUUUGAGGAAAGCAAUAUGCUUGGUUUAGGGAGUUUUGGAUAUGUAUAUAAAGGGAGGCUUUCAGAUGGAAUGGAAGUUGCAAUAAAAGUUUUCAAUUUGCAAAUAGAGGGAGCAUUUAGGAGUUUUGGCAUUGAAUGUGAUGCUAUGCGUAAUAUAGUUCAUCGUAAUAUUGUGAAGGUCAUUACUUGCUGCUCAAGUGUUGACUUCAAAGCCUUGGUGCUUGAUUACAUGUCUAAUGGAAACCUUGAGAAAUGGUUACAUUCUGAAAAUUGUUUCCUUGAUAUCAUACAAAGGGUCGACAUAAUGAUAGAUGUUGCGGUAGC